AUGCUGUUUAACAUUUUACUAUUUCCUUUGCUUCUCGUACAAGCUGCUUCGCCUCAAGCUAAGGUAAGUAGCUAUAUCUAAAUCAUCAGUUGUUUAUCAGUCUAACUGCAAGGUAUAAAGGAAUGAGUACCUUUUUUAAAGAAGACGAAUGUGGUCCGACAACUUUUCAAUUCAAUGCCGUUGAAACAGUAACAGGAGAGAAAGGCUUUCGCGUGAAAAGCAAACAAAUCUGUAACGGACGAAUUUAAUGUUGAGUUUUCGGGGAACACGUAAUUUUAAAGCGUGCAGUCUGAAAUAUUACUUGCUGCUGAUAAAUAUUGAGAUGCUACGUGUCAAGCAUUAUAUAAAAGCCCAGCACUUCUUUAAAAAUGAUACCUGCUUUUGAAUUAAGACAUUUAGACAUUUCGCGCCAAGAAAACACAGUUCGUUGAAGUUUGGUAUCUGUGUCAUAAGCAGCAAAAAUCAGUUCCUAGCUCGGCCUUGAAGCAUCAAUAAGCAAGUACCAUUUAAUAGUAUAGAGAGAAAACUAUAUUUUGAAACAAAACUGUCGUCAAGUUCCAUGUCGUAUCCUGCUUUCAAAAAUGUGACCAAGAAUUUGUCAUCCUAAUCUCUUAACAAAUAAUUCUAACUCACCUUUGUGUCGCAAGCAACACCAUAAACAACGUAUAAACCAGAAAAAUUAGAAUAUUAUUACAAAAAGUAACAAAAAAAUGCACUAGGAAAAUUUGCUAGAAAAUACACUUACAUUUACAUUUUUGCAUAAUUUGUCUUCUGUAUUAAGUACGCAAACACUCUGAAAAGCAGAAAUUCUCCGAAAGGAGUUGUAAUAAUAUGCGUGGGUUUCUUUCAGCCUUAGUUAUUGAUUUAUUACUUAGUUACUUAGAAAACGCAAAUCGUUGGAAAUGAUUCUGUUUCAUAUGCAUUCCCUCUAAAACUGACGGCCUCUCCUUGUGGCUUUCACGCCUCGCAAAAAAUGCAGAAAAAUCAGUGAUCUGGAGAUCCGACUAUGAGACACUGUAUGAAUGUUUUUAAAGUUGGUGCUUGAUUACAUAUUCAAAGGGUGACGGCGAGGCGCACAACAUGUCGAUCAGGCCAAGUUGGUCCGAUUUUUUUUUUUUGGAAUAUUGCUAUACUCUUUCCCCGUCUCCUAGAACGGAUUCUAGUCAAUUGUAGGGUUACCUGUCGCAGUAUGUUAGUUGUUGACCUCGCCUAGCCCCAAGGCCUCGUUAUUCCUCCUGGCCUCUGUGCUUCGCUGAGGCGCUCAUGGGGCUUCCCAGUGGUGCCAACAGUCGACCUCCAUGCGCUUUCAAGCUUUGUGGUCCGUUGCCAAAGUACGAAUUUCGAGAGGAAAGGGGGGAUCAGCUUUGCAGCAUACUCGUGGAAUAGAAUUUGAUGUCCACCAUGUCUUGGUUUACCACAGGUCCCCCUGGGGGCGCCGAAGACAGAGGCCCAGGAAUCUGGUCUGUCGGGCUUUAACUGAUUGGGAAAGGGGGGCUGUUCCCGUUCUAUCAUAGAGUUCCUCGUUGCUAACAUGAUCAGGCCUAUGCGCUUCGGGUCACGAAGACCGAGCGAGUUCGUCUUGGAAACCUGGAUACGUAACCGAAAUGCAUUGACCGAGAAGACCUGGGAAGACGGGCAAAGUUGUACCCAUUUAUACAACGUCAUUAUUAGGGAGCUUAGCAACAACGACGGCGACGGCUUGCUACGGAAGCGUCACUUAAAAAGUCGCGCAGCUUCAAACUUUAUCGCGCUUAUUCCAUCUCGUCUAAUUCACCAAAUGCUAGCAAAUUUUUUUGACGUUAAAUUCUAACGGACUGUAUCAGAAUUCUCGAAAAGAAAAAGAAAGUCGUUGUCUUGUGUUCACAUCCUGAAAAAAACGUGAAAUUAGGUAUUUUCACGUUGUAGUCGUGCAAUGACGGCAAAGAAAUGUACAAAAAAGCGUGAUGCACGUGCAGAAGUUGUUGCUUUGCUUUUUUGUCGCUCUCGUUGAGGUCGCCGUUGUUAAAGAUUUUCUUAAGCUCUCUAUUGUAAUAUGGACAACCGACAGAAGUUUCUUGUUAAAUGGGACUGAACACCAUGAUGUCAAGGUCUGAACCCGCAAGUACGUGCACUGUGACUUCCCAAACAAUUGAGGUUACAAAGAUGCGAGAUGAUGUACGUGGUUAAUGUCAAAAUAGCGAUUAACACUUUUUAAAAUCACUUUCUUUCUGCUACAAUUUAUAGGCUAUUUUAUUCCAAUUCACGACAAGAACUAAUCUUUACCAUGCGAAUAGUGGUACAGUGAAACCUGUAUUAAGCGGACACCCUUGGGGAAUGCUGUAGUGUCCGCUUAAUACAGGCUGUCCGCCUAAUACAGGUUUCUAUAGAUAAAGUCAUAUGAGGUGUCAAAUGCCAUUCAAAUGAACAGUGGAAACGUUUAGAAUAGUCCCAGAGACUAUGACGAUAUACGUUUGCACUAAUUUCUUUAUCAAAUUGGACCAAUUUGAUCAUAGUACCAAUACAUAGAUUGCAACUCAAAAUUGAAGAAAUCAGAUGAGUGAAACAAGCUCUAUACAAACAAAACGAAAUAGGAAACAAUACUGUACUGAGAAAAUGAUCAAAUAAGUUCGUCAAGUCACGUUUUUUAAUGUAAAAAUCGAAAAAUUUGUGGGUAAGAAUUCGAGGCAAUCUUCACAUUUCCGGUGUCUGGCAUGUUGGGUGGUGGAAUUUGAUUACAAGUGUCCGUUUAAUACGGGUUGGCAACAAUAGAAAUGACCAUUUCAGGUACUUUUUAGGUGUCCGCUUAAUAAAGGUUUCUUUUAAAGAAAAUAAGGGAAAUAAAUUUAGGGACUUCGGCUACUGUCCGCUUAAUACGGUAUCCGCUUAAUACAGGUUUCACUGUAUUAAUAGAAUUUAAUGGUAGCAUGUAUUGUACAUAGUUUAGGAAUCACGUUUCACUUUGUAACCUCGUGUGUCGUAUCGUUCGGUUCGCUCGCUCCGUGAGUUGUUGUAUUUUUGUAUUUUUCGUGUUUAUUAUGCCUGCUAAGCGCAAAUCUCUUUGCCCUGGCUGCAAGACGCCGAAACAGAACCAUGCCUUCGCUGCCCCGAGCAAGCGCUGUGCCGGGCCGCCAGUAGCCUCCCACGCAGGCGUUUUUAGGGGAGCUCGUUUUCAUCCCUCCCCACAAGGGACGAGAAACGAGCUCCCCUAAAAACGCCUGCGUGGGAGACUAGGCCGCCAGUCAAGAACGAGAUUCUUGACGACGAAUUAUUAGCAGGCGAGGAGUUGCCGCCUUGUCAAGGAAAAUCUGUUUCUUCGCCUUCGGCCGAGAGCGGCCCGCAAAAGCAACUUGAAUCGCAGCAGCUUCUGUUCUGCACGCGAUGCGGAAUCUGUCCCUGCGGUUGGAAAACCUCACAGCAGAGCAGACGACAAUGAAUAAACGAAUGGAUGAAAUCUCCGCCCGGAAGGCCCCCCCCCCCCCAAAAAAAAAACAGAAAAAAAACUCCCAGGGAUCACCCGCCCCUUCAGGCCCCAGGGCCAGGGGCUUCCUAGUUCAGGGGAAAACUAGCACCCAACGCCAACCUUUUCCCUGUAAAUUUUCUCUCGUCGCUCAUAAGUGUGUGGUCAGGGGGUGUUUCAACUUAUUGCAAUUCAGACAGAACACCCAACAACAGAGCAGACGACAAAGAAAAAAAGAAUGGGCGAAAUCCCCCGCCGGAAGGCCCCCCCCCCCCCAAAAAAAAAAAGAAAAAAAAACUCACGAGGAUGCAAGUCGCUGUUCAGGCCCAGGCGCUAGCGAUUCUCUGUUGCCGGUUAAACAAGCACCCAAAGCUCACCAUCUACCGGAAAAAUUCGUCCCAGCCGCCAUCAAUGGUGAGUAUGUGGAUUUUUCAGAGGUAUUAUCUUCUUUAAGUGUUUGACGACCCAAUCAAAGCGAUGAGGGAAUGUUGCACACACUCUCGGCACAGUCUCGGGCGAGCUAAUCGGUAUUGCGAGGUCUCCAAGCAAGCGUCCCGUUGACUCGUUUGAUGUCUGGUUGCAAGUGUGGACCAAGUACGAGAUGGAAAUUGUUUCUGAACGGCCCGAGCGUUGCUUGGAACUGGCAGCUUACCGAGAUACAAAUUGCCAACCGAAAGUUUCGUUGGCCCUCCGAGUAAUUGUUCGACAUACAAACGCGCAUCCACGCGGCCUCACGCAAGGACGCUCAAGCUCGCCUUCUUGACGUCUUAGAUACAACCUUGUAUACAACCAUCCUCGACGCUUCCGCCCUUGGCCUCCAUCCAAAGCAAUGCCUUUGCGCUACUGAAAAACAGGCUUAAGCCAUCUUUAUAACUUUCAAGAGCUACCCCAUUAACAGCCAAUCGUACGAAUUGGUACGGGAUCAGACUGUGAUCUGCACAAACAUAACGAUCCGGGAGGAGGUUAGGCACUCCCUUAGUUGGCCCGGACUAGCCUAUUCCAGACCCCAAGAUAGUAGCGCAGUCAUGCAGUUAAAAGUGAUGCGAAAAACGCGCGUGGCUUGUUGACGCGCGCCCUAUUUUCGCAUCGCUUGUUAUUUUUGCGACGUCCGUGAUCCUAGCACAGGCUGUGCCCGGAUAGGUAUAUGCCGCUGAACAGGGAAUGGUUUCCCAUUUCCUGAGUCUUCAGCAGAGUACAAAAUUUUACCUUCUGAAACGCUUCAAAAUAAGAGAACCCUCACAUCUUAAAUUCACUUUUGACAGGCUUAUCCACAAGGACUUACAAAGUUCUUUGAAAAAAGGGGAUUUCCGUUUGGAGAUGCUAAGUUUGACCCAGAGGUCGCUAUAUCUAUCCAACAACAAGACGAGUCAGUUCCUUUAAAGCCGGUGUUAAUUGAUGUUCCAGAGCAUUCCGCAGGUCUUAAUAUAUCAGUAGGUAAGAGCUCUAGCAAUAGACUCUUUCAUAUUUUGACAAAGACUAGUUAGCAAAUCUCCAUUUAUACCGCUGGAAAGAGCGCCUUGAAAUUAGCAAACUUACAAAGCAAGUUUAAAGGUAAUACCGUAAACAGGUAGCGAAGAUAUUGCACCACAAAGUUGCAAAACUUUACAGACGUUUGUAGUGUUUUAUGGUGGGAGCACGAACUUGCAAUUGCAUAGGGAAAAGGACACCAGUCGUGACUGGGCACGUGGAUUGGUGGGUUCGGAGGCCAAACGUAUCCGGAUAUAGCACCCCUGUUGGAGCUACAAUCUUGGACAAAAUAAAAUGGAACAGCAAACCCCCAUCCCCCCCAAAUCAAGGAUGAAGCUGCGCGAAGGGCAAAAACGCGCCAUUUUCCCAUACUUGAUUUGGGGAGGAGAGGGGGUCUAGGUUUUCCAUUUAUUUUGUCCAAGAUUGUAGCCUGCGAGCAAGCUCUUUAUUUGAGGGAGUCGCAAGACGUCACGCGAGAGCAGCACGAGAAAAGAGACUCGCGGCUCGCCUCGCUCCCUAUACAUGGAGAGCCUGCUAGCAGGUUAUGUUGGAGUUAAUUAGUCUCCCUCGCAACCGUAAGUUUAUAUUCAGCUGACCGUUGAUGAACAAUUUGAUUGAUUAACAGAUACGGCCCCCAAACCGCUAAAGGAAGCUUAUUGUCAACCGAGGCCAGCUGCAAUCAAAGUUCCAAAUGAUAAAAUAUAUUUCAACCAUCCUUCUUUCGUCACCCUGCACCGAUGCAGUGGGGGAUGCCCCACCGCACAGAAUGAUUAUCAUUGUACUGUCAGCGCAGAGACCCAAAUUUCCGUCGAAGUGCUCAAGAUUCAAGGUAAUUCUAAGGUCGGAACGAUUGUCACCAUGUACAAUCACACACACUGCUCUUGUGAUUGUAUCAAGAGCUCAAGUGCCUGCGACCCCGUCAAACGUGUGUGGGACGUCGGCUCGUGCUCUUGUAAAUGCAGGUCUGACCUAAGUGCGUGCGAGUCAAAUCAGCGUAGGAACGCAGCUACCUGCGACUGCGAAUGUGCUGAGACACCCUCUAGCUGCACUGGGUAUCACAUGACAUGGAACUACACGAAUUGCGGAUGCAGCUGCUCACAAUCUGCUAAAGAGUAUUGUCAAGGGAAUAUUGAUCUCUCGACCUGCCAGUGUAUCACACCUGACAUUCAAGCUCUGAUUUGA